CGGUGGCUUUACCCGGUACCAUGACCGGACACCGGGUCACAGUCAUUUACAAAGUGGCUGCAUUUCAGCCUGAUGUAACUAGCUGCCCGUCCCCCUGUGGCGGCUCCACCCAUUCUGUAAGGAAUAUGGACCGGUUUAGAAACAAGCAAAAUACUACAAGUUCCGGCAUGCACCGGGAAGCGAGCGCCUGCGCACUAGCGCCUUUCCCUUGUAUAACGGAAGCACAUGAGAGCGCCGCUUGGAGAGCAACUGCUAAGGACAACCCACCGCAGGGCCCACACCACUUCCACAUUGCGCCAUGUCCAGUUUGGCCGCAGCCAGUUGUGAGUCCCAGAGCUCCGGGGCAGAGAGUCAGGAGAAGAAGCCCCUGAAGCCGUGCUGUGCGUGUCCGGAGACCAAAAAAGCACGAGAUGCCUGUAUCAUCGAGAAGGGCGAGGAGAACUGUCAGCAUCUUAUCGAGGCGCACAAGGAGUGUAUGAGAUCUCUGGGGUUCAAAGUGUGAACAUGGGGAACGGCUGAGUGUGAAUGGGGAUGGGUUUGAGUGCUGACAUUUUUAACUUAUUUCUGUCUGUCGGAGUGCGAGACUGCCGUGGGCGCCCGGAUGCCCAACCGAAGGAGUGCUGCUGGCCCGCUUUCAUUCAGGCACUCCGGAUUCUCAUCUUGAAAUGAAUUAAAGAGGCAUAAGAUACGGGCUUGUGUGU